AUGACACGAUCGUACGAGGCAUAUAAGGCUUUAAAUAACCAUUAUCUGGCGUUCAUAUUUAUCCGUGCUAUCAGCCCACAGUCAAAAGAUCUUCUAAGGGGUGGAGAAAUUUGCAAAACUGAAUUGGAACAGCUUGUCGGAUACUUCAAAAAUGGCGGAAACACCUUGUGUCUUGUCAUGUUUCCCGAAUUGCAAGCAGUGAACAAGGCAACAUGUUGCCAAAGCGAAUGCUGUGGUAGGAAUACCAGGUGUCAGGAGAACUCCCACGUAAACCACAACUAUCUGGUGUAUUGUGACGCUUUCUACUCGGACCCAAAUGGUGCCCCUAUUGGUGAUCAAAGCGUACCGCCAAUGAUUGACGAGGACGGAUUGACGAUACCAGGCUACGAUGGAAGUGGAGAUAUUCCCCCUCCUGUCAAUCAGCCAACCCUCUUCAAUGGUUACUUUGCCAUUCAUCAUGACACUUUCCCGUCCGUGUGUACCUGUAAAACAUCUCACUGUUAGUAAUCAAUAUGUUGUGUAACAUGUUACCGAUAAUUAAUUUCUAAAUACAUAAUUAUAUUCCGCAGUGC